CGGGCGGAGAGAGCGAAACGAACGUAUGGUAUGAGUAACUCAUCUUAGACAAGAUAUUGGUCUUUGGUUUGCUGGAGGCUUUAGAUCCGUGUGCGUCAUCAACGAAUUUUGGGACACCAAUUAAUACAAACAAAUGAGGAUUUUUCGAAAUGCGAAUGUUUUAUUUUUAUAUAUGGUUUUCAGCCUUUCUUUGAUCCUGCUGCCGAAAACAGAAGCGGAUAUUGCCGAUUGCGACUUUUUUGAGACUGUCGAUAUCUCGGCAGGACAUAAGUUCCCUAAUGGUUCGUAUCUAUAUGACGGGCUUCUCGUUCCGGCCGAGUUGACGGGGAGAUAUGACUUCAGGAUUCUGCCGGACGACUCAAAGGAGAAGGUGCAGAGUCACAUAAGGGGAUGCGUUUGCAAGUUAAAGCCCUGCGUCAGGUUUUGCUGCCCCCACAACCACAUAAUGAAGGAAGGUGUGUGCUCCAAAACCAUGUCGCAGGAAGAACUUAAAGAACAUGACCCUUACCUUAACGUGACCCUCCAGGACGGAUCGGUGGUCACUAGGCACUUUAAGAACGAACUAAUCGUCCAGUGGGAUCUACCGAUGCCCUGUGAGAACAUGUUCUACCUAGACAAUGAGUUUGAAACGGAUCAGUACACAUUGUUCGAGAACGGAUCUUUCAUCCGACACCAUGACAACGCGACUCUAAACAAGCGAGAGUACUGCCUUCAGCAUUUUGAGUUCGAAUCAGAGGAAAAAAAUACAUUCAUUCGAAUUGUACCCCACAACUGCUAUAUAGUGCCAUCCAGAACAGCACAGACCGUGGUGAUUAUCACAUCGCUGGUUUGCAUGGCUCUAACGAUGUGUGUUUACCUCUACGUUAAAAAGUUGCAGAACUUGCACGGCAAGUGCUUCCUCUGCUACAUGCUUUGCCUCUUCAUGGGCUACCUCUUCCUGUUGCUGGACUUGUGGACCUUAUUGCUCGACUUCUGCCGUACUGCCGGAUUCCUGGGUUACUUUUUCGUAAUGGCCGCCUUUUUCUGGCUCUCUGUCAUCAGCCUGCACCUGUGGAAUACUUUCAGUGGCACCUCCCACAGUAUCAAUCGCUUCCUGCCCGAGCAUCGGUUUCUGGCCUACAACACCUACGCCUGGGGCAUGGCGCUGAUCUUGACGGGAAUCACCUUUGUGGCCGAUAAGAUGGUGGCUAACGAGGAGUGGAACCCUCGCAUGGGCAUCGAGGGAAAUUGUUGGAUCUAUACUCUAGAUUGGUCUGCCAUGCUCUACUUUUAUGGACCGAUGGUGUUGAUGAUUGCCUUCAACAUGGUCAUGUUCAUCCUGACCGCUGGUCGUAUCAUACGAGUGAAGAAGGACAUUCGGAACUUUGCCCACAAGCAAGAGCGGAAGCACAAGCUGAACUCGGACAAGCGAACUUACACCUUCUUUUUGCGGCUUUUUAUCAUCAUGGGUAUGUCGUGGAGCUUGGAGAUCAUCUCCUACUUGGUGCAAUCCAACGAAACUUGGGCCAACAUUUUCCUGGUGGCCGACUAUUUUAAUUGGUCCCAGGGAAUCAUCAUAUUUGUCCUGUUUAUCCUAAAGCCCAGCACGCUAAAGCUAUUAAGGGAUCGGCACAAUCCUAAGCCCACGUUGAGCGGUGUCAGUAGCAGAUCCAGAGGUAGUAGAAAUACUACGGGAGGUUCCUUCAACAAAUCGACAAGAACGUCGUCUGUUUGAUAAAUAGUCACCCCUUUCUUAAAAAGAAACCAGAAUGAUACCAAGUAAAGUAUUCGAACAGUUACAGUUUAACGUGCGGUGUGAAGGGAACCUUUGGUUUGACAUUUAAUGUUGGAUUCUGUUUUGUAUUCCUAAAAUAAGUGUGCUAACAAAACUAACUGCUGUCUGCGUGUGUCAAAAUAAACAAAUAUACUUCGAAAAAAGUA